GCAUCACAUCUGAGUGAGUUAUCUGAGUGAGUCUGAGGGUGUGUUCGUGUGUGAGUGAGUUUUUUUUUUCUUCUCCUUUUCCGUCCUUUUAACAUGUUUAGUCAGAUCAGGAAGUGUGAUGCUGUGACACUAGAGAAGGAAGUGGGCACACAAUGGCAUUAUGUUUGCUACUGGGACUGGUAGCAUGAGAGGGCCCCGGAUGAAGACCCCUCUGCUCCUGCUCCUGCUGCUGCUGACCACUCUGACUGGAACAGUGAUAUGCCAAGAUGAAUAUGAUGGUGCAGACACAGGAACGGAAACAAUCGAAGAGGAAGCCAUUGUUGCGGAGACAGAUGAUGCAGAAUUAUUAUCAGAACCAUCUGAUUCUGAUGCUACCGCGCUACCGGACGACCCCCUCACGAUGGACAUUCAAGGUACCGAUCAAGAAGGUCGUGGCUCAGGAGUGACCGUACUCUUUAAUGACACCUGCGAGUGGCCAGUGGAGGGCAAUGGUACUGAUCCUGGCGAGGAGCAAGGCGGUACGGAGAGUUUGAGUCCCAUCAUCAUCCUGAUCCCUGUGGUGCUGGUGGUCAUUAUCAUCGGCAUGAUAGUGUGCGGUAUUUUCAUGAACCGCAGGUGGAACCAAAAAGUGAGGAAUCAAGAGCUGAGGAAAGAGGAUCCAUAUUUGGAUGGGUCCAGUACAGAGAAGGUGCCAAUGCCCAUGUUUGAAGAAGACGUCCCCUCGGUGCUGGAGCUAGAAAUGGAAGAGAUGGACCAAUGGAUGAAAAAGGACGUUGAACCUGCAGAGGACUCUAUACACGCAUGAAUAUAUUUGUGGUGAACAAAGGACGCUCUCCAGACGCGCAAGAACACACCGUCCACCAUGUUCUGACCUUUUAUACAGUAAUCCAGAAACAGCUGUGACCACAGUAACUAAUGUGACUGCCAGGGAAGAACAUCACAACACUUAAAGGACACUAGCAAACAUUAUUUUCAAAAUGAAUUCUUAAAACAACAUUGUCACAUGUUAUUCUCCCUGAAAGUCUUCAGUGGACAACAAUUGGACUUAAACUUGUUAAAUAGUGUCUCUUUGAUCAGUGAUGUGCCUUUCAUGUGUAGCUUCAUUGCAUUACAUUACAUUUAUUACGCUUUAAUCCAAAACUACUGAGAAUAAGUGCAUUCAACUAUGUGGCUACAGCUCCACAAAAGCGCGAGAGCCAAGCUAUUACAUUGAUUUCAAAUGCGGAUCUACUUUAAGUGUUACAUUUAGAGACAAUAACUGAUUUAUUGUAUUGUAUUUCAUGGGCCAAGGUGUAGUCUGAACAAAAGAGUUUGCACGGUAAUCUCUGCCAAAAUCAAUCAAACCGGGUGAGAAGUAAUUAGAUUGAACUUUUAAAAAAGCCUUGUGCUUCCCUGAUCUUCAGAUUCAUGCUUUUAAAAAGAGUCUGUGGUCACCACAGAUAUGACCGCUCAUAGCUUCUGCUGAUGGCUUCUCUUCAGCUCAAUGCCUCAUUGUUGUAUUACACUGUGUGACUCCCUCCAGCUGCAGGUUUUAAUGGGGAAAUAUCCUGCUGAAGAUUGCAGGCAUGCAUGACAGAGAAGGCCACUCCUUUGCAUGCCUGUGCCGAGCUGGUUGGGACUUCCAGAGAAAGUGUUUUUCAUGAAACCUCUUAAGUGUGAAAGCAGUUGCACUCACGUCUAAGUCUUUUGAUAAAUUAUUACCCAUUGCUAAAGCAGUUUUUUAAAAAGCAGCUACUGAUAAGAUUUUCAUCUCACCGUACAGUAGAUAAUAACUCUCUGACUGAAUACUUUAUGUCUACAGAUGCUGUUGUGUUUCCGGAUCUGCUUAAAAGUGUUGAAUCUAAGCAGUCACGACACAUGAGAGUGCCACUUUCUCAAUGUGUCAUUCAGUAUUUUGCAUUAUCUUGCACUGUAAAUAUGAGAAUACAGUAAACCAAAAGAUAUUAUUUUCAAGGAAUGCCUUUUGUAAAUAUUUCAUGUGAGGCUGUUUGUUGUGUUGUUGUUUUGCUGAUGAAGCUUUGAACACAUUUAAUUCAAUAAAAUCUCUUGAUAAAAUCA